CUCUCUUCAUCUCUCUCUCGCUCACUGUGGUUUUUUUUUCUCCCUCCCUCGCCUUUCCUCAGCAUCCCCCCCUCACAGAGAUGGCGUGUGUCGGUGCAGUGUCUGGGGCCUAGCACGCACACACCGAGGACCCCUUCCCCCGGAUUAGCCGCAUAUCGCUCGAGUGUCUCCUGGCAUUGUGUCCUCCAACCUCUGCUUCUGCCUCUCACCACCUCCCUGAGCGGGUGUCCGGGGGUAGGGCCCUUGUGGGUGGAGGGGAAUCAACAUCGUGCUUUGCUGCCGGGAGGAGCUGUGCAGAAUUAGCCAUGCCCUGCCCAGGCAUCCUUUGACCGGCAGGACUUCUCCGUUUGCCUUUGCCUGCAAACCAGAAGGCAACAUAGGAUGAAAAUCUGCAAAGAUGAUGCAAGGACUCAAAAACCGAACCAGGAAAGCUCUGGGUUUACGAAAGAAAGACAAGGAUGCAGACGCAGCGAGCUCGCCUGACAAAGAAGGGACUGGAAGUGGAAAGAAAGGAAGUAAAAAGGCCAAUGGGGCACCCAAUGGUUUCUAUGGGGAGAUUGACUGGGACAGAUAUGCCUCUCCUGACGUGGAUGAGGAGGGAUUCAGCUUGCGGCCUGGUGACGAAGGCGAUGUUGCUUCCAAAGGUAAGCACUUUUUCUCCUCCAGCGACUCAGAAGACGACGAGGACAGCAAGAAAAAGUUCAAAAUUAAGAUCAAGCCGCUUGUGCCGGACAGUGCCAAGUGUGUCCCUCCGACUAUGGACGAGCUAAAAGCCUCAGUGGGAGGUUUGGCACUCUCGCCGUCUCUGAAGAGAAGUCCGAGACGCAGCCCGGGGCAGAUAAAAAGAAAUUUGUCCUGUGAGGAGAUUGUCAGACCAAGACGCUCCACGCCAACUCCAAGUCCUGUCCCUGAGAUGCCAAGUGACCGGCUAACACAGAACGUUCCCGCCUUUUUUGGCCAGCCUUCAGAGACCAAAUAUGCCAGAUAUGAUGUGGUUCCUACGGAUAUCUGGGGAGAAUCAAGAUCACGGUCAGAAUCACCGCUCAGUAGAAGUUUUCCAAUGGGAGCUCCUCCUCCGCUUCCUCCAAAAAACAUUCCAUCAAGAAGUCAUUAUGGAUACUCUUCAGACUCUGCAGCUGAUCUACCCAACGGAAGAGGAGCUCGCAGUUCAGCCCCGAUCUACCUGAACGUCCUGUCCCCCGCCUCCUACCGUGGCUCCCCGGGCCCCGACCUUGACGACGUGUUUGGCCCCUUUGACAGUCCUCGCGCCAGCGAAGAGACAAUGUCACCCAGAUGGGUCGUUUUCACUGAGGACAGACCUCCACCACCUGAUGAACCUGCUCCCCCACCACCACCGGACUCUCCUCCACCAGACACACCUUCGUCGACUCCCUCAACCCCCUGCCUUUCUCCUGGUCCACCGCCGAAUGAGCCCCCACCUUCGCCUCCACCUUUUUCACCCGGGUCUCCUCCUCCUUUUACACCGCCAGACUCACCCCCCUCCAUUCUGCUCGGACCUCCUCCUCCGGAUGAGCCAGCCCCUCCACUGCCUCCCAACUUCUCUUCCUCUAAUUCGUCUCCAGUUUGCCUCGACGAGGAGGCGAUCGACGAGGAGGUGCUGCGGUUUGCAGGAUACUCUUCCUGUCCUGUCCCCAUCAGCCCGGUGCCCCCUCUACCAGCGGAGCGGAGAUCUCCUCGGACAGGAAUUACUUCUCCCCUGGUCCUGGGGGGAGCAGGAGGAAGAAGAACCCCAGACAGUGGAUACCUGAGAGAUGAUAUCCCAGACUUUGUGGGCUCACCUAGAGAGCUGACACCAAGCUUCAGGGGAACGCCACCUCCUCUUCCUCCAACCACCUACAGAUCUAUUAUGUCUUCUCCUGGGCCCCACUCAGGCAGCAGCCCCUCGUCUCCAGCUCGUCCUGCCACGCCUCAGUCUCGAGGCAGCCCGGUCCCUCCACCUCCUCCACCUCGACCAUCCUCGCGACCAAAACUGCCCCCGGGGAAGCCAAUCACAGACCUGACAGCAGAUUCACAGUUUGUGUACUGUCUCCAGACUCGACCCUUCAGUCCACCGGUUUCAGGCAGCCCCCCGCCGUUCGCCCCCCUGGCCCGGGCAGAGAGCUCUUCCUCCAUUUCCUCCAUUACCUCGCAAAGUGCAGCAUCUACUCCAACCUUAGGGAGGGACCUCACCAUGUCCACUGCAGAGGCGUCACAGCCUCUGGUAUGGUUUGACCAUGGCAGGUUUUAUUUAGCUUUUGAAGGAUGCUCUAGAGGACCCAGUCCACUCACCAUGGGACCUCAGGACACUCUGCCUGUGGCAGCUGCCUUCACAGAAACCAUCAAUGCCUACUUCAAAGGCGCUGAUCCCAGCAAAUGUGUUGUGAAGGUCACUGGGGAGAUGGUGCUAUCUUUUCCUGCGGGCAUCACCAGGCACUUUGCAAGCCAACCGUCCCAACCCAUCCUCACCUUUAGCAUUAGCAGCUAUGAGCGACUGGAGCAGGUCCUUCCUAACCCACAGCUGCUCUGCUGUGAUUCCACAGCAGACAGUGUAGAAACUAAGGAGUUCUGGGUAAAUAUGCCAAACUUGAUGAGUCAUUUGAAGAGAGUGGCUGAACAGAAGCCUCAGGCAACAUACUACAACGUGGAUAUGAUCAAAUAUCAGGUGUCCGCAGAGGGGAUCCAGUCCACUCCUCUGAACCUAGCAGUCAGCUGGCGAGGCGAUGCCGCCAGCACAGACCUUAGAAUAGAUUACAAGUACAACACUGAGGCCAUGGCUGCCCCUGUCCCACUACACAACAUCCAAUUCCUGGUACCUGUGGAUGGAGGCGCCGCCAAACUCCAGGCCAUGAUCCCACCUGCCACCUGGAAUCCAGAGCAGCAGACGAUACAGUGGAAGAUCUCCAGUCUCUCUCAUAGAUCUGAAAAUGGAGGAGUAGGAGCUCUCCUGGGCCGGUUUCAGACGACACAGGGUCCAUGUAAACCCUCACAGCUGGCUGUCCAGUUCACCAGUGAGGGAAGCACUCUGUCAGGCUGUGACAUCCAGCUGGUCGGCACUGGCUACCGGCUAUCGCUGGUCAAGAAGAGAUUUGCUUCAGGGAAAUAUUUGGCGGACAAUUGAUUGACCCGUUUGUGGAGAAAGACCAAGAGAAUCAGUGGCUUUUGACUGUGAAGACAAUGGAUCCAUCCCAUGUUCGGUGCAUUUGAAACGUCAUCUGUAGCAGCAGCCAUUAGAACUCAUGGUUGAAAGUAGACAGAAUAAGAGACCGUAACACAGACUGCUGCUGAGUUUAUGCAAGUAAAUCCUUGGAAAACCGAUGGGCUUUCACAGAGUAACAUUUAGGGAAACCCUGAUUCUUUGUUCUUGUGGAUUUAUGCAGUGAUGCAGCCUUAUUCAUUUGUUUCUCUCUUUUCCCCCCCCCUGUCUAUUACUGGUCAUUGCACAUGCACUGUAAAAGAUAAUGUGAAUAGAUUAUAUGAUCCUAAAACAAUCUCAAACACGGUUGAGAAGAGUGGACAAUGUAGAAAAGUAAGUGUAGUAUAGGAUUACUUUGCAGUUAUAUUCUUGUAAGUUAUAGGUUAUAUAGUUAUAUCUGAUUUACACUGCCACCUCAAAUCUGAUUUUUUUCCACCAUGUGUGAAAAAUCUGUAUUGUUCAUAGAAUUUCUGUGUCUGUUUUAUUGCAAAGCCUAUUCUAUUAGUCUCGCGAUAAGAGGUGAUCGAUCAGAGUCAAAUUGACUUACAAAUUGAAAUCAGCACGCUUAAUCCUGAAUGUGCUUUUUAAUGGAACUUAUUUGGGGAAACAAUGAGCACGACGUGAGUAUUUUUUAAAGACAGUGUGACAUCAGGGAAAGAAUAAUUCGAUUUGAGCCAAAACAAAACGACUUGGUGCUCGGUGAGUUAAAUCUGCUUGUAUGCUAUUACUAACCUGACUCAGUUUAAAGCCUGUGAUGAAGCUACAGUUCACUAAUUGUUCGUCACUUUACAGCAGACAGAAGAUGUUAGCGAAAAGCUGGUGAACAGUGAAAUAAUUAAACAUUUUCUUCCUGAAGCAGGUUAUUAUGUGACUUCAGCAAACAAGGUAAAGGCUAUUUGUGUGAUAAUUUAGCGUCACAUAUUUGACAUUAUGUGAAAUGGUGGCAUUUCACUGUCAACUGGUCAAGUGAAGCAGUUAAAGCGGUUUGACCUGCUGAAGAACAGAGGCAUUACACUCUGGGCACGUGCAAUGCUGAGACACAUGAAACUAGAUUUGAGUGGCAUUUGUGGUGGUGUGUGAUUGCUCAGAGUCUGUAACCAUUAAGUGAUAUUUGUAAGGGAAAGCUGCUACUCUCGCUGGAAAGGUUUGGGUCAAUUAUUUUGACAACAUGAUUUAUGUUCGAAAGGGCCUUAAGGUUUUAGAGAUAAACAGAGCCACAUGUGAGUGCCAUACAGUGGUGAAACAAGGAGCUUUACGUUGCAGGAGAAAUACAAAAGGACCUGGGAGGAUGAUUAUGGGAGUUGCCUUCAAUGCUGCUUUGAAAACGGGCCACUUAAUUUGACUGUGAUCUUUGACAGAAGUCUCCACAAAGAUUCGUGGGGACAUAACGAAGAGUAAUGUCUAUCGAGAAGGUAGCACUAUUCGGGUCCUUGUUUUAAUUUUGUUUCUUUUCCACCACGUUGAAUAAAUAUUUUAUCAUUUUCUAACAGCAAUAUUUAAAAGAACAAAAAUCUUAAGUGUAAAAUGUGUACAUAAAAAGCUAUGUUUGAAAUAUUUCUCUGGGCAUAUAGGUGUGUCUGUGAUUGUCUCUUGGUUAAUUGAUGUCUGCGCUCAUCACACAUUUUAGGUUCCGUGUAAUGACAACGCCACAUUCUCCGCCUAUUCUUUCACAUGUGGGUUUCUUGUACAAAACAAGUGUUGACAAAUAACUCCGAAUGGUGCCGCAUGAAAUCUGCAUUUGUCCACGACCAGUUUUAUCAAUGCAAUACCAGUUUAUCAGUUUCAAUAGGGCCAUGAUGUUACAUGUUAGUGAGUAGCUGUGCAAUGAGAGGAGACAUUUUGCCUUUACAUGACCUCCACGCUCUUUUUCCCUGUUGCUGCCCUGACAGAAGCUCAUUCCAUGCGUCUGAUAUCGGUGUUGGACUUGCACACGAAGCACAUCUUCAGUUUCAUUCAUGAACCAAAUCAUGGCUAAAUGUCAUAUGUGCACAUGAGGACAUGCAAGCAUCACAUUUUAUGGAAUGUUUUGUGUUCACUCACUGUUCGGGCCUGGGUGUAAAGUGAUAUUUAAUUCUAGACGAGAGGAGGUGAGAGAAGUGCUUCACCACGUUUCUGUUAGAAAUGCUUAUGUUGUUUUGCCUUAUUAAAGAGCAGACUCUCAGUCCUCUAAUAUCAGAGGACUGAGGGAGAACUUUAUUUUCCCCACAACUUUCUGGCUGUAUUUUUUUCACUGCAGUAGACACAGAAUAUGCAAACACGUCAUGUAAAUUUCCCAUCCAAAGAUUUUGAAAGUAAAUAUAUGAAGAAGAAAAAAAUCAAUAUCAUGUAAUAUCUGUUUUACUUGGUAAUAAAGAAGAGGAAACAUGA